AUGGCAGCGCUCCACCUUCUGUUCCUCCUUUUCCUUGCUGUCGCCGCUAGCAGCAACAACGCUGACCAGCCGCUGACGCAGCAGGAGGUCUGCAUGGCGUCGUCUUCUUCCUCGUGCCCGGACGACGUGGAACCGAACAAGGAGGAGGCCACCGUGAGUUUCAGACACUAUGCUCGCACCAUCAAUGUCGACCUCGUACUCCCUGCUAGCAACAGGGCAGUCGCCGCUGGGGACGAGGACCUGCAGCUGCGGCAGGAGGCCAUGGCGAAGGCCAUUACGGUGCUCUCCCGCCACAGCACAGAGACCACCGACGCCGAGACGCUCAAGCGGCCCAUCUUUAGGGCCGUCAACAGGGUGCUGGAGAGUGGCGCCGAUGACCGCACCAAGGAGGAGGCGUUCGCCGCGGCCAAGGUGCAGCUCAACAGCGAGCUCGGCCAAGAAGAAAAAAUAGAUGGAAUAAAAUCUCAGCCAUCAACGUGGUCUCCUACAUCUUUUCCUGGGAAAGAGCUAAAGAAAAAUGAGAAGGCGUGGAAGGAUUACGAGGGCAGCACGGGACACUCCGAGAUGGUGUUCAACAACAUGGAAGCUUGGGCCAGUGUCAAGGAUCUCCCCCUUAAUAAAAGAACUGAUGAUUCUCUUGGUGAUUGGCUGGGAGAGAUAGUGAAAGUGGAUUUAGUCAUGUGA